AUGACUCGAUUGAGAGUUUAUGAGCAAUUGCUUGGAGCCUAUCUGCUUAUCAUUCUCCAUGUUCAAGGUCAAAAUCUAGACAGCAUGCUUCAUGGCACAGGAAUGAAGACAAAUCCUGACCAAAAGAAACAAGCAAAUGGAGUGACACUCGCUCCAGAGGACACCUUACCUUUUCUUAAGUGCUACUGCUCAGGACAUUGUCCAGAUGAUGCUAUUAAUAACACAUGCAUAACUAACGGGCAUUGCUUUGCUAUCAUUGAGGAAGAUGAACAUGGAGAACCCACACUUGCUUCUGGCUGCAUGAAGUAUGAAGGUUCAGACUUCCAGUGCAAGGACUCACCUAAAGCACAAUUACGUCGAACAAUUGAGUGCUGUCGGACUGAUUUCUGCAAUCAGGAUUUACAACCAACAUUACCACCACUUGAUAGUACAGAUGGACUUUUUGAUGGCAGCAUUCGUUGGAUGGCUGUGUUGAUUUCUAUGGCAGUCUGCAUAAUUGUCAUGAUCAUCUUAUUUAGCUGCUUUUGUUACAAGCAUUACUGUAAGUCAAUGGCAAAAAGGCACUGUUAUAAUCGUGACCUGGAACAAGACGAAGCAUUUAUUCCAGCUGGGGAGUCAUUAAAAGACCUUAUUGACCAGUCACAGAGUUCUGGGAGUGGUUCGGGACUACCGUUGUUGGUUCAGCGCACUAUUGCCAAACAAAUUCAGAUGGUGAGGCAAGUUGGAAAAGGACGAUAUGGUGAAGUGUGGAUGGGCAAAUGGAGGGGUGAAAAAGUCGCAGUGAAAGUGUUUUUCACCACAGAAGAAGCCAGUUGGUUCCGAGAAACAGAGAUUUACCAAACUGUUUUAAUGCGUCAUGAAAACAUCCUCGGUUUCAUAGCUGCAGAUAUUAAAGGCACUGGCUCCUGGACACAGCUUUACUUGAUUACAGAUUAUCAUGAAAAUGGAUCGUUGUAUGAUUUUCUGAAAUGCACUACACUAGACAACAGGGCUCUCCUCAAACUGGCAUAUUCUGCUGCAUGUGGUCUGUGCCAUCUACACACAGAAAUUUAUGGGACACAAGGCAAGCCUGCUAUUGCACACAGAGACUUGAAGAGUAAAAACAUCUUGAUAAAGAAAAAUGGAACCUGCUGCAUUGCUGACUUGGGUCUUGCAGUCAAGUUUAACAGUGACACAAACGAAGUUGAUGUUCCCUUGAAUACUAGAGUGGGAACAAAACGUUACAUGGCUCCAGAGGUCCUAGAUGAAAGCCUGAAUAAAAACCAUUUCCAACCGUACAUCAUGGCUGACAUCUACAGUUUUGGGCUGAUAAUUUGGGAAAUGGCUCGGCGUUGCGUCACAGGAGGUAUUGUUGAAGAGUAUCAGUUGCCAUAUUAUGACAUGGUGCCAAAUGAUCCAUCCUACGAGGACAUGAGAGAAGUGGUGUGUGUCAAACGCCUACGCCCAGUAGUAUCAAAUAGAUGGAAUAGUGAUGAAUGUUUAAGAGCAAUAUUGAAAUUAAUGUCUGAAUGCUGGGCUCAUAAUCCUGCCUCAAGGCUCACUGCCUUGAGGAUCAAGAAGACACUUGCCAAGAUGGUGGAAUCACAAGAUGUAAAGAUUUGACAUAGUAAAUUGACAUUGGAGAGCAAAGCUGGACUCCUACAUCUUUUCACUCAAACAUGGGUGAGACCUAUGUGGAAAGAGGAAAUAACUGAGAUUCAGUGUAUUUUCUCAGCACACUUCUACAGGCUGCUAAUCAAAUCUUUCAGUACUUCAUAGACUGUGAUACUGAGAGCCUCUAUACACUACAUGCUAUGUAUAUGGACAGCCUUGAUAAAAUACACAUUUUGGUUUUGUUUGAGCUGCAUUGAGACUUCAGGCAUACUUAGUGAGUCUC